CUAGAUUUAGGGUUUGCUUGCUGGAAGAAGACCCAUCUCUUUACACUGAAGGAUUCAAUUAUUCCUUCUCCAAACACUGCCUGGUUGAUCUCUGAGUUCAAGUGCUGAUCAACGUGCAAAUCACAUGAGUGAUACCAGCCACAAAGAUUUCAACGUGCAUUGGAGCUAAAUGGGCCCCAUCCAACUGGAGAGGAAGCUGCUCUAACUUUAACCGUGUAGGCUACCAUACACCGGAUAGCUGAUUUGUCUCUAAAUUCCAAUUGAGUCCCCUCUCUCCUCUUUAUUGUAGCCUGUGCCAGCUCCAACCAAAAACCCACAAAACAGAGAAGGUAAAACACAAAGAAUAAACCAUAGAAAUGAGUUCUAUUGUGAGGCAUGUCUCCACUAUCUUCAGAUGCCCAAGUCUAGUCCCCAACUCAUUGAGUUGUGAGCUUCAGCAAUGGCGAGGGAUUCGAGUGAAGGUUUUCAAUGGGAACCUUGAAUCUGCACUGGUUGUAAUGCAGCGCAAGAUGCAAUCAAGUGGAAUUGAACGACUGAUAAAGCGUGAGCAGACUCACCACAUCAAGAACUCUGAGAAGCGGGUCUUGGCCCGAAAAAAUCUGGAGCGUAGAAUCCGAUCCCAGGACCUGGCCCGCAAGCUCAAGGCCAUUCUCAUCAAGAAAGUCAGGGGUCUAUGAAACUUUGGAGUAGUAGUUUGGUUGAUGAAUCACACUGAAACGGAACUCUAUUUGCUGUUAGUUUGUACCUGUGUUUUGUCCUCUGGAAUUUAGGUAGUGAUACCUGCUCAGUUAGCAACAACUGCCCCUGUAAUACUUGUUAUCAGAUGCGAUGCAGUUUUUCUUUUUGGGUAUUUUUAUUCUUUUAUAUAUUUCCUUUCAAUGCCAUAAGAAUUUUACUGCAAUGUCACAUAAUAUUGGAGAAACGUUUCAGUGAUGUUAUUGCAUCUCAAGCAGGGUUUCUGAAACUGCAAUGAAGGUUAUAAUGAAUUAUGGCAUUAAGUUUCCUAA